UAAAUCAAUCAAAUGAUUAUUCGAUUAAUGUUUAGAUGCAUAUUAUCAUAAGUUGUUCAUCACGUCAUCACAUUGUAAUAACUUAGAGAUACUUCCUGACUGUUGUCCGUAGAAACAUGGCAGGUCACUGUCGGUUUGCCGUGGUAUUUUUAUUCGGCCAGUUUUAAAACGUGUAAGUGGGGUUUGGCUAAUUAAAAGGGCUGUUUUUUUUUUUUUACUUUGGCCCUUCUGAAUGGAGCUACUGAAUGGGAUGAACAGAAGUGUCUUUUAGCAAAACGUCAUGUUUCACACAACAGAGAGACUCAUGACAGAAGAAAGUUCGAGUAGCGGUGUAGUUUCCACUGCUAACAGCCGUAGCUUUCAUAUCCGACGGGGCCUUUCCACUCAAGACAGAGGACCAAGAGGAGGAAUAUUCAGCCUGACAGAUACGGAGGACGACGUCCAGUUUGAUACCUCAGACUCGGACAAUAACUGUGAAGUGUUGCUGGCAGGGAGACAGUAUCCAUCGAUCCAGGAAUUUGCCUCUGCCAUUCCCAACCAACUGCUGCUGGGAUCUCUACUGGAACACUUGUGCUUUGUUUAUGAGAGUGAUCCUGCACGCUCACGCAUGCUGUUUAAGGUUAUAGGCCAGCGUUUAGCAGCCAUGAACCUCCUGUCACCACUGGCUAUCAGUGAUGAGUUUAGUACGGUCCGUCUACAGCAUAACCGGGCAUUCACAGAGCUCCUGCACGCGACCAGCUCAUCUCUCUUCCCCCAGGAACAUAGAUACUUGAGUACAGAAGGCCAGAGCCUAAGAACCAAAGAUGGUCUUUUCCAAGCACACACAUCCCGUUACCUUAGUGAAUUAGAAGAAAUCGCAACACUGGGUAAAGGAUCCUAUGGCAAAGUGUUUAAAGUCACAAACAAGCUCGAUGGUCAGGAAUAUGCGGUGAAAAAAAUUCUCAUCAAGAAAGUAACAAGAGAUGACUGUAUGAAGGUUCUUAGAGAGGUUAAAGUGCUCUCCAAUGUUCAAUUCCACUUAAUGCUUUAUAUACAAAUGCAGCUGUGUGAGCGAUCUUUGAAAGACUGGAUACAGGAAAGAAACUCAAGGAUCACAGAGGGACUCUUGAUGUCAGUAGAUCCCUGUGAGUCAGUUGACUCUGAACACGCAUUGAAAAUUUUAAAGAAAAUACUUGAAGGAGUGGAGUACAUUCAUUCCCGUGGUAUUAUGCAUAGAGACCUUAAGCCUAGAAACAUUUUCCUUCAUGGACCUGAGUGCCAUGUGAAGAUAGGGGACUUUGGAUUGGCUUGCCAGAACAUAAUAAUGGACGAACAUGAGCAGCGGCCCUCCAGCUCUCAAGCAGGUGUAAACACAGACUCAGCUCACACUAGUGGAGUGGGAACUUUUGUUUAUGCUGCCCCAGAACAACUUGAGUGUUCUCACUAUGAUUCAAAGUCAGAUCUGUACAGUAUAGGAGUGAUUGCCUUUGAGUUAUUCCAGCCAUUUGGGACCGAGAUGGAGCGUGUGCACACACUUGGAGAACUACGGCAGGGCAAGAUCCCUAACACUCUAUCUAAAAGCUGGCCACUUCUGGCCAAGUAUAUCACCCUACUGACCAGCUCUGAUCCCUUAGUGCGACCAAGUGCAUCUCAGUUACUUCAGAGUGACCUCUUCAGCGCCAAUGACAUGGUUAUUCACAGUUUGAAACGCAAGCUUGACGAACAAGAAGAAGAAAUUGUUCAGCUCAGGAGACAGAUCAGUGAGCUACAGAUCUCUCAAAAUGCAAUACACAGUCCAGAAAAUAUAUAAUAAUAGUCACUCUUUUGAAAUGCCAUAAGUGCUCAAUAUGUGUACAUUAUAUGAAUUGUUGUUUGGAAAUGGUUGUAUGUGUGAGUGCAGCUCUGCUUGUAUGUAUAUAAUUGAGUGCCAUAUUUAACUUGACAAAAGGUUUGUAAAGUAAAGUCCCAUGCCAAUGGUGCAUUAGUCUCCAUUUAUCUGACUCUUUAAAGCUGAGUAAAUAUCACCUCAAAAGUAAAUAGUACCUCAAUAGUAUUCUUAAUAAACAUGACAAUUAUUGCCCAAUUAUCAUGAAUA